AUGCAAAAUGCAGCAAAAUAUCUCAGCCAGUCUCCUGCCGACUCUGAGGGAGUUUCAAUCAUUCCAGUUCAUGGCUGGCCAUGGGCCGACGAAGCUAUGUCCAGGUUUAUCAGGAGCCAUGAAGAGAUUGCAGCUGCUCGCAAUGAGGCACGACGGGCAGCCAAGACAGGUGCAGGAGCUGGCUUCACGGAGGCAGAGAUGGAAGCUGCAAGCUGGGCGCGUAGGUUGCCUGAGGUGCAAUUGCAGAUUGCAAGGAAGACCAACGGCGAGAAGCGAAGUCUGAACACCAAAGGUGCAGACCUCCGCGGCCUUGUACGCUCCAAUUCGCUGAGGGGCGGCGCUGUCGCCGUCGCUCAGGAGAAUCCCGAGCCAUUGGUACCAGAUUCGGCAGGUAAAAAGCUUGGCAAGGAGAAAACGAAGAAGGAGAAAAAGGAGAAGAAGAGUCAUGAGAAGAACAAGAAGAAGAAGGAGAAGAAGGAAGCAGGACAGGGCAUUGAGAAAGGAGAUGAUGCCCUUGCACAGACCCCGGCAACAGGCCUUGGCCCACAGGGCACAGGUGAGACUUCCUGGGCAGAGUUCCUGCGUUUGACUUGCCGCCACUGCGAGCUCGCCGCGACCUGUGCGCCCGCACAAGAUCUGCUCGACUUUGUGAAAAGGGCCUGGCAGCACCUUCAGAGCUGCAAAAAGUUGACAUGUUGGCCCGGUCUCCAAGCUGUUUCCACGGUACACAAGCAGUUCUUCGUUGCCGGUGUGAUUCAAGAGGAACAUCUUCUUCCUGAUUGCUUGCCAAGCUGGCAGACAGAAAGAGAGAGGGAUGCGUUGUCUCCUCUUGCGCGACAGCGGAUUCGCUUCUGGCGACCCCUUUUCCCAUUCCCCCUGCUGGCAUCACAGCAGCUUCUGUACUCGCAGCUAGAUCCUGCUGGGCCCGAAAGCCUUUGUAGCCUACCCGACGGCGGCAUGUACAUUUCCCGAAGAUUUAUACCGAGGGCUGACCUGUCGUCAUCUUUGUGCGCUGUGAGGAGAAGUGACAUGCAGUUGCUUACAGCUUGCCGGAAUCGAAGAGAUCGCGGCGGCGACUUGUUUCGGCGAGUCCUGUCACCUGUUCAUGCUAAUCAGCUUAGGCUGGGCAGCUUUGCUGCUGUUUCUUGGUCGCAGAAGCGCGAGGAAGUCCAAAGAGCGGAUCGUAAACUGGCUGGAGGGAAAUGCCUCAAUCACAUCAAUGAGACCUGCGUGUCUCCUGACUCUUCUGGUUUUGAUUUGCGUCGUCCGUUUCUGCCUCCUUCUCAGGUCAGAAAUUUUGACUUGAUCCGGCGCAGAGAGAGGUUUUAUUCACUUCAAUGUCCCGUAACAAUGGAUGAGGGUAAUGCAUCUGUCUGGUGGGGAUGGGCAGACGACAGUGCGGGACAGGCCGACGAUGAUGAUAUGCAGAAAUACAGGACUCGAUCCUCGGAUGGAGGCUGUCAGUCUCAGACCGGCGCCUGGGGUGCAGACCUGCAGGAUGCUUUGAAGUGUGUCCUUGUAGUGGUUGCAGAACGCUUCGGUUUCCAGCCCGGUGAGCUGCUGUUGGAUUGGGGGUCUGGUUGUGGCUUUACCAUGUCUUGGGCCAAAGCCUACUAUGAUGUUGAUUCGCUGGGCAUUGAAGUUACCCCAGCGGCUGCUUGGGCCGCGAGGUAUAGCUUGGGCUUGAGCUGCUUGGCAGACGGUCGGAAGCUGCAGUGGGUACCAGAUGGCCUCUUUGAUUAUGUCUUCUCUUAUGCAGCCUUGCUGCACCUCAAUUUUGAGGAGCAGUGUGAGGUGGCCCACCAACUUCUGCAAAAGCUCAGGCUUGGCGGCAAAGCUUUCCUCGGCUGGAACCGAGCUAACAAAGUAGGUCCUUGGGAGUGGUACGAUUGCUUUUGGCCUGAAAUAGGGUCAUCCGUGGAACUCGAGGUGCUGGAGGAGGCCACUUUAUUUUCUGAAGACCCAUCCGUGAUCACAGACCAGCAUCGCUUCGCGUGGGACUUUCCAUCGUAUGCUGUACUGUUGAAGCGAGCCUCGUGUGACUUGGUCUCCAGUGAAGUUGGGUUGCUGGAGGCCAAGUCUCUCGAGAUGAAGAAGCGCAGGAAGAUCGCCAAAGAGAUGCGACGAGAGCAACGCAGGCUCAAGCGCGAGGAACGUGAGCGGUUCAGACAAGAACAAGAGGAACUGGAAGCCGCCUUCCAAGACGACCCAGGCCUGCAGGAUGCAAUCGACAACUUGAUCCAAGUGGUGCAGCAAGAACGGCCGGUGCAGGCAGAGGCUCCGGACACGGAUGAGGCGGAAGGCCAGGCGCCGUUCCGAAGCUUGGAAGAGUUGGUGGCACAGCUUGACGAGCUUGAGAAAUCAGAAGCAGGAGUUACCAAGCCCGUGUCCGCUCCGCACGACCCCUUGAAUCCACUCAAUGCUGCUUACGACAUGCGGGCCUAUGAGAUGCUCCGGAAACUUCGCCUGGACGAAGAACAUCAGAUGUCACAGGUUGCCGCUGACGAGCCCGAGUGGGACCAUUUAGGCUAUCUUCGACGAUCACCUUCUCCCUGUCGUCUGCGCACCAAUGGGACGAUGUGGCCCACUCGCAAGGGUGCUUGGAGAAGCCGUGCAGGAGGAGUUUAUCUUCCUCCCGAAGCUGGAGAAGUGGAGCGGAGGGGCUCCGCGAGCUUAAGUCCAGCCAAGUGGAUGUAUCCGGAGGAAUUCAACAGACCCUUCAAAGAAGCUCGUAGAUCGCCGUCCUACAACCGCUACGACCGGGAGGAGAUCUCCUCUACGUCCUCCUCCAGCUCGUCCAGCACUGUACCGAAGCGCCGUCGGAAGAAGCGCAGACUCCGCUCAAGCUCGCACGAGAGCCGACCCUCUCCUGAGCUUGACCUUCAUGCAGUCGUCAACCUUCGGCUGAAAGCCGAAACGCGGCUGGUGCCAGCAGAACGUUGCCGUGCACUGUACAGUGUCACGAAUGUCUUGUGGCUGCGUGGCAUGGUAUCACCGUGGCUGGUUGUGCGUUGUCGAGCUCUGCGUCUGGAUGCAGAAAGUCGCAAAAAAACAGGGGAGAUGGUCUGA